UUUGUUUUGUUUUUAACUUUAUUGAAAACUCCUUUGCAUUUGUCUAAUUUUGUCUGUUUAUGUGUUACUGUCCAGCAUAGCGUUAGUUGAAAUGAUGUAAGUAUACUCAAAAUCAAAGUGCGUAAUUGUUACUGAUAAUGCAAGAAUAAUUGAUUCAUACUGUUUAUAAUUAACAGUAUAUAAUGUUUUGUGCAUGGGUUGGAUCUAUCCCUUUUAACUUUUCCUUUCUGAUUCUUUCCGACCCCUGGUCUUGCCGCAUCCCAGGCUUUCUGAACCCGCUGGUUUCACUAGAGUCUAGUCCAUUCUUCCUUUUGUUUUUCAGAGCAGUAAAAAUGGGAAGUACUGGAUUCUGGUUUCCUCCAAGAAGAGUCAGCGGAACUGGUUAAGACCAAAAUCUGAGGACUUUAGUGGGCAAACAUCAGUCCCCUUUUGCUUUCUUUUACGACCACAUGAAACUUGAGAAGCCAUCUAAAGCUAAAUCAUUUAGUGGAGUUGGGCAAUUCCCAAGUGUCCAACAAGAAGGCCUGGUUUAGGCUGCGAUGGCCACUGUCAUUCCUGGUGAUUUGUCAGAAGUAAGAGAUACCCAGAAAGUCCCUUCAGGGAAACGUAAGCGUGGUGAAACCAAACCAAGAAAAAACUUUCCUUGCCAACUGUGUGACAAGGCCUUUAACAGUGUUGAGAAAUUAAAGGUUCACUCAUACUCUCACACAGGAGAGAGGCCCUACAAGUGCACACAACAAGACUGCACCAAGGCCUUUGUUUCUAAGUACAAAUUACUAAGGCAUAUGGCUACUCAUUCUCCUGAGAAAACCCACAAGUGUAAUUAUUGUGAGAAAAUGUUUCACCGAAAAGAUCACCUAAAGAAUCACCUACAUACACACAAUCCCAACAAAGAGGCCUUUAAGUGUGAAGAAUGUGGAAAGAACUACAACACCAAGCUUGGGUUCAAACGUCACCUGGCUUUGCAUGCCGCAACAAGCGGUGACCUCACCUGUAAGGUAUGUUUGCAGACUUUUGAAAGCACAGGAGUGCUGCUAGAGCACCUAAAAACUCAUGCAGGCAAGUCAUCGGGUGGAGUGAAGGAGAAAAAACACCAGUGUGAACACUGUGAUCGUCGGUUCUACACCCGAAAGGAUGUCCGUAGACACAUGGUAGUGCACACUGGAAGAAAGGACUUCCUCUGUCAAUAUUGUGCACAGAGAUUUGGGCGGAAGGAUCACCUAACACGCCACAUGAAGAAAAGUCACAACCAAGAACUUUUGAAGGUCAAAACAGAGCCAAUGGACCUUCUAGAUCCCUUUACCUGCAAUGUUUCUGUGCCUAUUAAGGAUGAGCUGCUUCCAGUGAUGUCUUUACCUUCCAGUGAACUGACAUCAAAGCCAUUUACAAACACUUUGCAAUUAAAUCUCUACAACACUCAGAUUCAGUCCAUGCAGAGUUCUGCAUCUGCACACCAAAUGGUUGCCACGUCAUUACCAUUGGGAAUGCCUUGUCCAAUAGAUAUGGAAUCUGUCCACCCUUCUCACCAGCUAUCUUUGAAAUAUCCGCUCAGUUCUACCUCAUAUGCAAUUUCUAUGCCUGAAAAAGAACAGCCAUUAAAAGGGGAAAUUGAAAGUUACUUAAUGGAGUUGCAAAGUGGUAUGCCUUCUUCAUCGCAGGAUUCACAAGCAUCUUCAUCAAAACUAGGGCUGGAUCCACAAGUAGGGCCACUAGAUGAUGGGUCUGGGGAGGUUUCCCUUUCCAAGAGCUCCGUUUCUAUUAGCGAACCUCUAAACACCCCAUCGUUGGACUUUUCUCAGCUGUUCAACUUCAUACCUGUAAAUGGCCCUCCCUAUAAUCCUUCCGUUUCAGUGGGAAACCUUGGAAUGAGUUAUACGCAAGAGGAGGCACAUUCUUCUAUGACUCAACUUCCACCACAAACACAGGAUCCACAAGAUCCUAGCAAUAGUAUAGGUCUUGGGUCUCUGCACUCAUUGUCAGCAGCUUUCACAAGCAGUCUAAGCACAACCACCACCCUACCACGAUUUCAUCAAGCUUUCCAGUAGGAUGUACAAAGCUGGCUUAUUACUGUCUAUUUGUAGAAAUGCCUUAGGUGACCAUUUUUAACUUAGUGCCUACAAUAAGACAUUAUAAAUUCUCUGCUUUUGUACAGUACCGAUCUCAUGAAGCCAGUAAGAAAUUUAAAUUAACUUUUAAAAAAUGUUUUGAAAGUGUUUAUUCUCAACUGUUUACUUUGUUUUUUAAAAAAGUCUCAUUGUAUUGUUUUCAUUUUCACUGCCAAUUGACACACACUUAAAAUACUCAAUAGAAAGUCAUCCCUACCAAACUUUUUACACUCAUACCUUUUUAAAAACUUUUUCAACCGCAUCAGUCAUUCUGUUUUGGUGAUUUCAAUGGUAGAACUACCAUUUUUACUUUUUAUGUAUUUUAAUAUUUGCAAAGAAUCUCGUUAAAGUAUAUAUCGCACAGAUUCCUGAAGAUUUGGGAAAAAAAAUCCCCCAGUCCCUUUCCGAAAAAACCUCCCUUCCCAAAUGGCAACAUCUAAUCUGUUCUAUAAUGACAAAUCUAAAUUUUUAAAAUAGAUAUAUAAAUCAGAUUUUUCUGAAAACUUGUGUGUGUAUAUAUAGAAGUCCAUAUAUACACAUGUACAUAAAUAUAACGUUUUGACUUAUAUUGAAGUCAUUAUAAAAGGUGUUAGGAAUUUGGCCAUUUUCUGGCUUAAAUUGCUGUGGCCUGUUAGGAAUAUUGGAAGAAAAUAAAUUUAAUUUAAUUUUCUAAAACCGUGAUUUAACAGAAUUUGAGAGAAUCUCUGCUUGCUAAAUGACAAAUGUUUCCAGUUGAAAUUGGAACUAUGUUGUGCUUUCAUGACUCUGGUAGAGGGAAACAGGCAAAAACAAUGGCUGAUCUUGAAAUAUAAAAGUGUUGUAAUUUAGUAAUGCAGAAUAUUUUGUCGCAGUUUUUGUUUUAAUUCUUAACUUGCUGUUUUUUUCUCUUUAGUAGCAUAGAAAGAGUACCGCAUAGGAAUCUUCCGAUAGUGUAUUCACAUUUGUAGGCAUCAGUCUCCUCCCAGCUGCCACCGCCAAAGGGUGGAUCAAGUCCAGCCAGAAAGUGUUUAUCGAUUGUCAGUUCAAUACUAGUGUGCAGUCAGAGAGUGAAUGUAAAUUUGCAAAUACCUUUUUUUUUUUUUAUUGGAAUGAACUUUUCAGUUGUGUUACAUGGUGUGUUAUGUCCUCCUAAGCAACAAGUUAGAUGUUAAUCACGCUUUCUACACCUGGGUACUUGGUUUAGGGACGUUUUUCCCGUUGCCAAGAUUUAAAGACAGGACUCUUAGGAGUGAAGUAAAAGCAUAUUGCUUACACCACUUUUACCUAAUACAAUAUAUUCUAUUCCCCAACCCCUAAUAACCAAAAGAGGGGGAAAAAAAAAAAGAAACUGUGAUGCAUGAAAGCAAACUAGAUUUGCUGUAAUUCAAUACUAACAUUCUUUUCCUUGUCAUUUUUGUACAAGGAAUUAAAAAAUAGAAACCAAGUACAUUAAUAUCUCUCAAACAAUAAUGAGGAUUCUUGUAAGGUUUUAAGUGGUUAAACUAAAUAUAUACUUCACGGAAACAAAAGUUGCUCCCAUUUAAGGAGCUUAUGCUCCGGAUGUUUUAUCAGUAGCUCCUACUUUUUUUUUUUUUUAAUUCUAGGAGCAAUAUGCAGGUGUAGUUUUACUAUUUUAUACAUAUGUGUAUUUAAAUUUUAUUACUGAAAGAUAACAUUUUUAUAAAUGUGUUUGUGUUCCAAAGGCAUUAAAAUAAGGAUGUAUUAAUAAGGAAAAUACCUUUUUCAAAUUCUGCAAACUACUCCUAGAUUUUGGGCUUAGGAGCAUAUUAUCUCAGAGUGGGCUUUUAGCUCUGCUUCAGGACUGCUUCCUCUGGUUUCUAUGAAACAGAUCGCUUGCUUAUUUACAUCUUUAGUUGAAUGAUUUGUUCAAUAUUGCUUUUUUCUCAUCAUCUUUUUAAAGGAAAGCAAAACACUUACAGACAAACAGAGCACAAGGCAAACGGAACAGAAUGUAAUUCUAGUUUAAAUCAGCAACCGCAAAAGCACGUAGGAGGAACUUGGUUUUAUUCUCAAACUCUUAAAUCACUCUGAGAUGGAGGUAAACGGACUUGGUUCCUCCGGUGGGCUGUGUCCUGUGUGGAACUGAGCACCUGCGACUGCCCGUGGGGUCCAGGGGUGUUGUGAGCGCUCAGCAUCUCCCGGUCUGCCCGUCGUGUCCGAGACUGUCAGGCAGCCGAGGCGCUUGCAGCCUCGAUGGCCAGGGCUGUUUGCGCUGGGCACCGUACGGCUGCACGUACCCACGUCACAAAUUUCAAAUCUGUCGGGAGUUUCUGUUCUGGCGCAGAGGAAGUUCCUUCUUCAAGUGUUGCAAAUUAGUUUAAUCUUGACUGCCACUGCCAGUGCAGGAUAUUCUGACAGACUAAUCGCCACAUUGCCCAAGGGAUUUGAUGUGGUGUAUCUAACGUGGAGCAAAAGACGGUGCCGUCUGUUUAUCAGUCUCAGUUGCUGAUUAGACUUGAUUAAAAAAAACAACAGACACUUUGCCAACACCCAUUUCUUAGUACGUAGCCAGAGUCUUUACUACUUUCUUAGUGCCUUAGCUUCCUGAAAAGGGACUGACAUUUCACUUCACAGUUAGACAGACAUUUCACUUGAGAAAUAGGGACCUCAGACAAGAUAUUGAACCUCAUUCAGUCAGGGUUUCGGUUGGUGGCCGCAUGCAGUAUGCUUGCCGCUGAACUAGGAUGUAUGAUUAUGUGGAAGCGGAUUGACACUGUAAGCAAUAUUAACAUGCUAGUGCUUUUGAAUAUUGUUUAGGCAGAGUCGUUAACUGGCCACUACUAAAAUGUAAUUUUUUAAACCCUGUUUUCUAGAUUUCACGUUGAUUCUUUGAGGGAGGGGGGAGGGCUGGCUGAUCAUGCACCACUCUUUGUGCAACUGCUAAACUUCUAGUAAGGUUUUUUUUAAAAAAAAUAUAUAUAUAUUUUUGUGUACUUGUUGCUUGUGCUUUAUUUAGUAGUAAAUUGUGGAAUAGAGUGAUUUAUUGUUAAUUUGGCAGUAGCGGUUUUUAAAAACCAUAUACUGACUGAAACAUGAGCCAGAGCUGAUUGCUUUAUUAAGCUAAUAAUGAAUGUUAAGAGUACAUAUUUUCAGGAUCAUUUGCCUAGUGAGCUAAACAUGUAUUAUAGGCCAAUAUUUUUUAAAAUAAAGCUUGGUCAACCUCUAUGUUACACAUAUUACAAGAUAUAGCACUUUCAAAAAGAAAACCUAAACCUUUUAAGAAAAUUUCUUACAGGUUAUGCUUUUUAUUAUAAAACCUUUUAUUAUAAUUUGUUUCAAGUGCCAUUAGAUUACAUAUAUGUAGGCCUUUGGUAUAAUGCUUUGUGUACAAAAUGGUAGACAUUGUAAUUUUAAACAGGUACAUUUUUACAGUGUUUUCUUAUCAAUUUGCUAUAUUGCACAGAACCAGUGUGUCUUUCUUAAGGGUUUUACAAUGGUUUUUACUAGGUUUACAUGUUUCAAACUACACUGUCUUCUACUGCCAUUUUGAAUCCCAGUCAAAAAAUAUUAGGAGUUCAUCCUCACCAGUUGUAAACUGUGUCCUCUGGAGUUUCAGAUGAUAAACUUGCAAAAAUAUUUAACACGCAGUAUUUGACCUGGAUUUUUUAUCAUAUCCUAUCAUCGCUAUGCUGCUGUCUGAAGUUAACUUAGGGCCUGAUCCUGCAUCCGUAAACGUCAAGGGGAGCAGGAUUGCAUCCUUGGUUAUGUCUGUCUCAUACACUGGUUUAGCAGCUCCUCCUAUAUUCUUCUCAGUCUGUAGAUAAGCCUCUGAAAUACCUGUACUUAUCUGCUAGGAAGUAAAUUGUGUAGACUUAGCUGCCCAUCCUGCAUCCUCCCAGUGUACAAGUAAAACCACAGCCUACUUAGUGUUACACCCAACAAAGAAAUAAUGCCACAGUAGUUAAAAGUGUGUUUGGAUAGUCUCAAAGUUUUUUUAUGUCAUAAGGGUGUCUUAUUUUGUUGGAAGGCAGUGUCUUUUGAUAACAGUUAUCUAGCCCUGGAAGUGACACAGAACUAUUGCUAAUCAUAUGUAAACACUUUUCAGUAUAAGCUUCAGUGGUACAGUUGAACCAGAGUGAAUGUUUAUCUCCUCAGAAACACUCCUGCAAUAUUGUUAUAUUGGAUCAUGCUGCUAAUGUAACUUGGGAUACAACUCCUCUCAUGGUGCUACAAACCUCCCUGUCUCAUUCAGAUGUAUUUUUACCCAUAGAAAAAAGGACUAUACUAGACCUAUAGUUGUAUGAUAUAUUUUUAUACUGUGACUUAAUUUGUCAUUAAUGAACUUUGUAAAACACCACAAUGUAUUCAUAUGCACUUGCAAAAGUAAAAUUUUGGACAUGCAAAUUCAAACGCUGACAGCCCAGCUCUUGUUCACAAAAGUAGAAGAUGACUGUUAGUUAAAAUUAAAUGUGGGCUUUUGAUAUGGUGUGGAGUGAAGAACAUACUAUAUGUUACUAAAAGCCUUUGACUUUAGAUAAAAACUGGGAAAGUAUAUUGGGGAAUGAUGACACACCCAAACCUGACUCGGAUUGCUGAAAUUAUUUUUUUAGCUAGUGAAAAAAUUGUUUGGACUUGUAUGCUAAAGUGUUUUAAUGAUAAAAGUUUUGAGUCAAAAGUAGAGAAAAAAGAACACAGAAAACCCUGCAUUCCAGACUGAAUUUGUAUAUGUUUCUUGCAUUUAAAAUUUGCUAUCCUGUGAUAUGGGAAAUCGAGUUGCUUAUCAUGUAUAUGUACUUUAAAAUGUAUUCACAAACUACUGUUGUAUUUGUAUAAAAUAUAGACAAAAAGAUUGCAUAUAUAUUUUUGUGUAUAAGCUCUGUAAAAUAGCAAUCACGUUAUGAAGCUGCAGCAGAACUUCAUUUUAAACAUUCACAUCCAAAGAAACAGACUAUUUAUUGUCCACAUACCCUGAUUAUAAAAUAUACCUUGCUGCUAUUAAACAAUAGUGCUGCAGCUUCUUGUGGCCUACAGUGUUAUGUUUGCUGUACAAAAAUAUGUGAACUCCACAAAAUAUAUCAAUAAAAUUACAGAAUGGUUUUAG